AGCUAGUUGUGAGAGAAUUACCAUGUUGCCUUUCUGAAACGAACCAACAUUGGCUAUAUUGGUCACAUAGACAAGGAUGGUUUAGUAAAUUGACUAAAUUCCAUUCUGAGCCUCUGGAUUAUAAACCUGCCUUUCUCUUCCACUUGAACUAAGCUUGCUUUCUAAAGAUUUACAGGGUGCUGUUGUAAAUGUCUAUGUGAUCGAUCAUACUCUCAUCCGCAUCAAAAGUUGGCAACUAAACAGUCAUACAAAACCCAAUUCAUAUUUGUGCAAGAUGGUGGAUGCUGUAGUAACUGUAUUCUUGGAGAAACUGCUAGGAGCUUUAUCAGAAGAGAGCCGCAUUUUUAGUGAAUUCAGGGACCAUUUUGAAACACUACAAAAUGAGCUUCUACUGAUGCAAAGCUUUCUCAAAGAUGCUGGGAGACUCAAGAGAAAGAAUCAGACUGUUCGCAGCAUUAUGGCUAAUUUGCGAGAACUGAUUUACCAAGCUGAAGACAUACUAGCAGAUUGUCAACUUCACUCGAGUGAUGAUGUUCCAAUUUCCAGUGGUUGGCUAAUGUGCAUCUACCCUUCAAGACUUCGGUUCCAGUAUCAGACCGGAAAGAGCCUCGGAGAAAUCAAUAAGAAGAUUGCCAACAUUAAACAGAACAUUUCAUCCUAUCUUGGAGUUCCACUUCUAAGCCAACUAGAGCCAAUUGAUGCACAAAAUGAACUAAUGCCUAGAUGGAGUAGCCCUGUGUAUGACCAUACUCAAGUUGUUGGUUUGGAAGGCGAUGCGAAUAAGUUAAAGCAAUGGCUGUUUGAAGCGAACAAUGACAUACUAUCUAUUGGAGUAGUGGGAAUGGGAGGAUUGGGGAAGACCACAAUUGCCCAAAAAGUAUUUAAUGACAGGAGUGUUGAGGAGCACUUUGAAAGAAGAAUUUGGGUAUCUGUUUCUCAAACAUUUACAGAAGAACAAAUCAUGAGAAGCAUGUUGCGAAACUUGGGAGAUGCCAGCGUAGGAGAUGAUAAAGGUGAGUUAAUGAAGAAAAUACAUGAGUAUCUCUUAGGCAAGAGAUAUUUGAUUGUAAUGGAUGACGUGUGGAGCUUAGAUGUCACUUGGUGGCUGAGGAUUUAUGAAGGACUGCCUAAAGGAAAUGGAAGCAGCAUAAUUAUUACGACAAGGAUAGAGGAGGUUGCACAGAAGAUGAGAGUGAAGGAAGAAAGAUUACAUUGGCCCAAAUGCCUUAACAGAGAUGAUAGUUGGCUCUUAUUUAGAAAUGUUGCUUUUGCAGCUAGUGGAGGUGAGUGUAUGCAUUCAGAACUAGAAGAUGUUGGAAAGGAAAUCGUUGAAAAGUGUAAGGGCCUACCAUUAGCAAUCAAGGCAGUUGGAGGAAUAAUGUUAUGCAAACCAUUAAGGUAUCAUGAAUGGAGGCGAAUUGCUAACCAUUUUCGUGAUGAGUUGGCAGAAAAUGAUAACUCGGUUAUGGCUUCUCUACAACUGAGUUAUGAUGAACUUCCAUCAUAUCUGAAGUCAUGUUUCCUUUGUUUGUCUCUUUAUCCAGAAGAUUGCAUCAUAACCAAAGAUCAAUUGGUGCAUUGGUGGAUUGGAGAAGGUUUUAUUCCUCUCAGAAAUGGUCGAUCAGCAGUUGAAGCUGGGGAAGAUUGUUUCUCUGGGCUAACAAAUCGGUGCUUGCUAGAAGUGGUGGACAAGACCUAUCAUGGAACAAUCUCCGCAUGUAAAGUUCAUGAUAUGGUUCGGGAUGUGGUGAUAACUAUGGCAGAAGAUGAUGCAUUUUUCAAGCCAGAUGACACAAAUUGCCGCCAUUUGGGUAUUACAACUAGCACGGUUCAGAAGGCGAACCAUAAAUUGCGAGCAUUGCUAUCUACAACUAAGACCGCAGAAGUGAACAAGAUUUCUUCCAAUAGUGGCACGAAGUUUUGUCAGUCUCAAUACUUACGAGUAAUGGAUCUUUCCAGGUCAAUCUUUGAUACACCUCUCUCAAGUAUUUUAAAUCAGAUUGGUUUUCUUCAACACUUGACUUACCUUAGCGUAAGUAACACACAUCCAUUGGUUCAACUUCCACAUUCACUUGAGAAGCUUAGCAACCUUCAGAUUUUGGAUGCCAGCUAUUGUCAAAACUUGAAGAUACUCCCCUCCUGUAUUGUGACUUUCAAGAAGCUAAGAGUCUUCGAUGUAAGUCAUUGUGGAUCACUCAAAUAUCUACCUAAAGGCUUGGGAAGACUCUCAAAUCUUGAGGUGUUAUUGGGAUUCAAGCCUGCUAAGUCAAGCCAGUUAGAAGGUUGCCGGAUUGCUGAGCUCAGAAAUUUGAUUCGACUUAGAAGACUUGGGCUUCAACUAACUUGUUCCGAUGAGAUUGGAGACACUGAGGUCAAUGUAUUGGUAAAUCUUCAAGAACUGCAACAUUUGUCAAUAAGUUGCUUUGAUAGUCAUGGUGAUGACCUCAUAACAAAGUUGGAUAAGUUAUUUCCUCCUCAACAGCUCCAUGAGCUAAGUCUAAAGUUUUAUCCAGGGAAGAUGAGUCCUAUCUGGCUCAAUCCCAUCUCACUUCCUAUGUUGAGGUAUCUUUCAAUAUCAUCGGGCAAUCUUGCAAAGAUGAACGAAAGGUUUUGGGGAGAUGACAAUAGUGUUUGGAAAAUUGAGGGCUUAAUGCUGGAAUCUCUCUCGGACUUGCAAGAAGAAUGGGUGAAGGUUCAACACGUCAUGCCAUCAUUAAGAGUUGUCACUGUAAGUUGGUGCCCUGAGUUGGUGUCUUUUCCCAUAGAGGAUAUUGGGUUUAGAGGUGGUGUCUGGAAGUAGGAAGAUUACAGAAUACAUGUCCUACUGUUGAAUUUUAGCAUGUCUCUGGAAUUUUAUCAAUUCCCUUGGUAAAAUGUACACAUAAGCCAUGGCAGAUGUUGCAAUAUUGUUGUCAUUAUUUGAUUUGUCAGAUUGUAUUAAAUGUAUAUUACUAUUCAUCUAUAUAGAUUUUCAUUUGCAGUUUGCAAUACCA